UUUGGUAACAAACAGCAGCAGGUGGACUUUGCCUGCUGUGAUCAGUCAGCGAUCCCUUUAUUGAAACCUGGCAGAGUGUGUUAGUUCAGUUUAGCUCUCAGGAGGAGAGGAAGAUGAAUGCCAACAAGAUGUGUUCCUUUUUUGUUAUUGGGGUGGUGCUGUGUGGAACCAGUUUGGCCACAAGGGAACAGAUCACCGGGCAGACAACAGCCAGACAGCAGGGGAGCGCUGUUAUUUUUUUCACUGCUUACCAGGGACAGCUGAGAGAUCUCUUGUUCAGCCCGAUUGUUUUUAACGAAGUGUUGGUGAACCAGGGCUCUGCCUACAACAACAUCACCGGUGUGUUCACUGCGCCGCUCGCUGGCAUCUACCAGUUUGUUUUUGUUGCCCAGCUGUGCCGCGGUCACCACAACAACAGAUGGUACUUUAUGGUCAAUGGGGUCCAAAAUCUGCUCUGCCACGCUCAGGUGGCUGAUGGUCAAACAACCCUCAACACUUGUUACUUCAUGAAGGAACUGAAGAAAGGUGACCAGGUGUGGGUGAAACAAAGCGCUGAGAGCUGCUCCUGGGCCAGCACUACCUCCAAGACAAUCACCUUCUCUGGCAUCCUGCUGGCGACUGAGAGCGUGUCCAUGCUGGGGGGGAAGUAUGGCAGCUCCUGUCCGCUGCCCAGCAGGAACCUGGUGUCCAGCUCUGCAGGCCGGACCGUCGCUCUGUCCGGUGUGGUCGUCACCCUGCAGCUCAGCCGCUUCCUCUGGGAUUAAUCAAAGCAGAGAUACCUAGCUUAGCUGUUUAUGCUUCUAUUUCAGUCUAUUGUAUUUAAGAUUUCUAAAGGUUCUAAAGUUUGUUUUCUUUUUAAAUGUAUUUGGAUUUUUAAGACUCUACAUUUAUCUGCCAUUUUAACUUUUAAUGGACAAUCAGAUUUUUCAGUCAUCCCCAAACUGCAAAAAUAUACUUAUGAUUUUAGUUAGAGUCCCUCUCCGGUCGCUGAAUAAACCCUGAAAAACCCAUCUCUAUUUAUCUAAGUUACAUACUGAGAUGGUUUGUCUGUGAAAAUGAUCAGUUUUUGCAAUAAAAUGACUUCAAUGAAACAACC